UGUAUCUGUAAAUUUAUAUCAAUGCUGGCGCUCAUCCAAAUGACAAUGAAGCUUCUCCCAGAUCUAUAAUUUCCUUCCCUUCUUACUUGUUUCCAACAUGCAAAGAUCAGACACAUCCUCAGCAACGGAUGUUCCCAGUGCUAGUGGAGUACCUGGAACUCCAAUUUUGAAUCCUACUGUAGAGAAACCUCGGUCAGAACGUCCUCAAAUGCAUGCGACGAAUUCAAAAUCGAACACCUCGGAUUACACUUGUGAUGGAGUGACUGGGUGGAGGAGAUUCCGAGUCCUGCGGCCGGGUCGAGGAAUGUAUUAUGAUAUCUGUCGACGUCUUCCAUAUUAUUGGAGUGACGUUACCGAUGCUUUCACCUACCGUACUUUUGCAAGUACUGUGCGAAUGUACUUCGUCAAUCUGCUGCCAGCUCUAGCAUACACUUUGGACAUGCAGCGACGAACAGACGGCUUCUACAGCGUCAACGAGUCACUGUUCGCAUCCGCUCUUGCAGCUAUGGUUUUCAGCACGAUCAGUGCGCAGCCCUUGACAAUCGUAGGUAUCACUGGACUGAUCUCUCUUUUCAACUACACCAUCUACGACAUCAUCAAGAUCUACGAUGUUACGUUGUACGCUCGGUUCAUGACUUGGACUGCGAUUUGGGCCGCUAUCUGGCACUGGCUGGUUGCGGUGUGGAACCUAUGCGAUUACAUGCGGUAUGUGACGGAUUUCUCAAGUGAGACUUUCGGGAUGUAUGUUGGGAUUAUUUACAUGAUCAAAGGAGUCGAGGAGCUGGUCAGCUUAUUUGAUUCCUUCGGAAGUGUUGACGGUUAUUUGAGCUGUGUUAUUGCGAUCCUCUACUUCGGAACGGUGUAUGCCUUGGAGAAAAUCGGUAGCGGGGUACUGGCAAAACCAUGGGCUCGAGGACUUCUCGCUGAUUAUGCCUAUCCGGUACGUAUAAUGAUUUUAGCCACAUCGAACACGAAUAUUGACGGCCUGCGCAGAUCGCAACCAUCUUCUGGGUCGGAUUUGCCCACAUUCCUGGUACAAUCAAGAGAGCCAACAUCAGCACUCUGCCUAUCAGCCGAGCAUUCUACCCAACACAACCUCGAAGCUGGCUAAUCGACUUUUGGACAUUGGACUUGAAGUGGGUUUUCGUGGCAAUGCCGUUUGGUUUCUUGGUGAUGCUUCUCUUCUACUACGAUCAUGUAAGUUCU